AUGACACGCAACGAUUUACUCCGCACUGAUGGUGACAUUGAUAUUCAAAUCACGAAAUAUGUACCACAAGUUACACAAACAACCAAUGUGUCUGAACCAUCCAUUGAAACCACAUUAGUUUUUGGCUCAUAUGUUUGUCAAAUCGAUAUUUUAUUUAUUCAAACAUUUCGAAAACUUUCCUUAUGUGACAUUGUUCUCAUUAACAUUAAUGUUCAAGAUGAACGUCCCAGAUUUUUCGCCGUUAUUGUUCACGUAGUCGACCAUUGGUCAUCUGGUAUGGAAAAUGUCACAGAUAUAUGCUUGACUGAGUGCGACAAUAAUAAACAUGUUAUUCAGGUCAAGUCUGAUGUAGUUUUAUACGCUUCUAAAGCAUGUUCGGAUGAUAUUGAAAAUCAUUGCCGUAGUUUAGGAUCGCAAAAAAUUUUGAUAAUUAAACUGACCAAUAUUACAUCACCUCGAAGACAAAUCAGUGCCAUUUAUAAUUUGCGAACAUUUUCAAAACAAGAAAGUUUACUUAAGCCAUCAAAUACAGACCCCUAUUUCCAUCAUGAAAAUCUUCUAACUGCUCAAUCAAGAGCGCUUGGAAACUUUGACGACGCUCAUAUGCGAGUGAUUAAUUAUGUUGAACGAAUAUUUGGUGACAAUGGCAAUGGAAUUGACCAUCUACAUCUCGUUCAUGAUCCACCAGGUCUAGUUUUGUUUCUCUGGAAAGCUUUUUGUUAA